UCUCCAUGUUCCCCUACUUCGACAUGGCGCAUUAUAUCGUAUCAGUGAUGAGUCUGAGAGAACAGCCAGAAUUGGAUUAAAAAUGCAAAAUACUGCAUUUAUUUCUGAGAUGAUGACAGGACGCCACUCUUUGGAUGUAAUGAGGUCAUGUGACAAACAUAAUCAGAACAACAAUGUAGCAAACUAUUCUUUUAAUUUGUAUUAUGCAAUAGUUUUUGUUCACUUUAAACAGGAAGAAACUACUGACAACAACUGCAUAACAAUGAUUUUAAUUGUAAAAUUUUGUGAAUAUUUCUCAUUCAGUGUCAUGAACGCGCAUGCAGAGGUUAUAGUAGAUAUGUUUUGAAAAGACUAUGAAUUUUGUUAUAACUAACAAAUUGAUCCCCUUUGGUUUCCAUGCAGUUUGCCAAAAAUCAACACUUUGAAAAACAGAAAAUCUUUAUUGUAGCCUGUCAAACACUAAAAUAUGAAAUGCAUCAGAACUUUAAGUUGAAAUUUAAGACUCAAAGUUUAAAUUUGAGACUCGAAAUCGAGACUUAUCUACUGAAUUGUUCAAAUAAAAUUAUCUGUUUCUUUAUCUAGUUGAGCUGCUUAGCCAUAAAUAUCUGUCAGAGGUAAUUUGUGGUUGUUGGUUUUUGGAUCUUGAUUACUAGACUAUUGCAGCACUGAAAGGAAGAUUGAGAAACUCAUUUUAUCCUCACAGAGGUUUGACAAAAAGGCAGUUGUUGUUCAAAAAGCAAUAAAUACUGCUUGCACUAACUACAAAUAAUGUUAGAUACUAUUUCUUAUUGUGCAAUUUUGCAGCUAAUUUUACAACAACAAAAAAAAUGUGGGUCAAAUUGACUAUUAUAAGUAAAGCAAUUAAAACAGAUGGCAAUUAUUAAAUUUCUGAUGUGUUUUUUUCCUCUUUGACAAGCUACAAUAACAUUUUUUCUGUUUUAAAUCUUUCAUUUCCCAUGCAAACCAAUGUGGGUCAAUUUGACCCGCAAACCAAACGCUGUACCCAGUUUGUGAACAGGUUAAGGAAAAUGCACAGACUGUGUUGAAUCAGUGCUAGUUGACUGUAUGUGUUCAGUUCUACAUGAAUGAACUCUUGUUGUCUGUAGUAAUGCACUGCUUGUGAUGAUGUUGCAGGCGUCUCUCUCUGUGUCUGCAGGUAGACAGGAGCGUUGGAGGUCUCUCAGCGCAGUCCGUUUGCGUGUUGGUUCAGUUCGAUGCUGUAUUGUUUCGGUGGAGCCGUUCUCUCAGCGCUGAUGAUGGCAGACGCGCCGGUCGCACCGCUGUCCAACACCACCAACCUGCUGCUCGCCUCGCUCAUGUGGUAUCUGGUGUUUUAUUGUCCUCUGGAUGCCGUGUACUCGGCGGCGUCCGUCCUGCCCGUGCGUCUGGUCUUGACGGCGAUGAAGGAAUUGACCCGUACGUGGAAGGUCCUGGGCGGAGUCACACAAGCGGGAAAGAAGUACAAAGACGGCCUGUUUGUGAUGAUCGCGGUGGGCUGGGCUAAAGGUGCCGGUGGAGGACUCAUGAGUAACUUCGAGCAGCUGGUUCGAGGCGUCUGGAAACCUGAAACAAACGAACUCCUCAAGAUGUCAUAUCCGACCAAGGUGACGCUGCUGGGAGCCGUUGUGUUCUCUCUCCAGCAGUGCCGCUUCCUCCCGAUUCAGACGCAUCACCUGAUCUUCAUCUACUCGCUCUUCAUCGUCACCAAUAAGACGCGGAUGAUGUUGCUGGGUUCGUCGUCGUAUCCGUUUUCAUCAGUGGAAACUCUGGUCUACAAGACUCUGUUUGUUCGACCUUUGAACUUUUCACCUUUGACCGAGUCGACCCAGAGCUGCUGCUCUUCCCCGAACCACAACAAACGGAACGGCUCUGCUUCCGCACAAGAGAAGAAACCCAGCGACGCCAACAAACCGGACCAAAGCAACCCCAAAGAUGCAGAAAACAGCAAAAAGACCGACUGAUCCUGAUGGAGAGCGAAUCACAGACGGUUUUAAUGUAGCAGAAGACACUUCUUGUUUUUGCUGGUGAAACUUUUCUACACGUUUCUUUCUGAUGAUGUUUUAAAAACACACAGAUGCUCUUUUUAUCUGAAUAUCUUGAUAUGUACAUAUUUGCUUAAUUCACAGAAAAUUCUAUUCUUUUCUAUCCUGUAAUGGUGAGGAUAAUAUAUUUUAAUAUUAUUUAUAAUGCGUUUAUGAAUGCAGUCACUGAAAGUGAAAUGCUGAAAUCUGUUUUACUGUAAGAUGUCUUGAAUGCUGAAAUGAUUGAAUACAAUUCACUCGCUCUGA